AUGAAGAGAAACUGUAAUUUGGAGCUAAGGCUCGUAACACCGUCUGCAUCUUUCCAUCACAAUGCUCGCUUCGAUCCAAUGUUGAAUAUGGUGAAUGAGAGUCCAAAUGAAAAGCAGAACCAACAACUAACCAUUUUCUAUAAUGGAAAUGUUGCUGUUUGUAACGUUACAGAGCUUCAGGCUCGAGUGAUGAUAUUGCUUGCAAGACGAGAAAUGGAGGAGCGGACGAGGGAAUGGUCGCCUGGCUCAGAUCCAUGUUCGCCGUUGCUUCAGUCGCCACUGCAUAGUCCGACUAGUUUUUGCAUGAGGAGAUCAUUGCAAAGGUUCCUCAAUAAGAGAAAGAGUCGAGUUCAAGCUAUGCCCUAUCAUCGAUAG